UACCAGCACAUCUGAUUCAUUCAUGCUCAGAGAUUCAGGGCGCUGGAGAAGAUCAGUUCAUAAGAUCCGAUCAGAGGCGAUCGCGGAGUGAUGAUGGCGGCAGCGCUCGAGAGAGGAGGGCUUCGGGCCGCCUUCCUGAACCCGGGCAGCGGCGGCGGCGGAGCGGCUCCCACAGCGGCGGCAGGAGCAGCAGCAGCGGGCGGCGGGGUGGCGGUACUGUGGGGCUCCGGAUCUGUGCCCGUCCCGAUGAACCUCUUCGCCACCUGGGAGAUCGACCGCUCCUGUCCGAGCUGUGUGCCCAGGUUGUGCAGUCUGACAUUGAAGAAGUUGAUCGUGUUGAAGGAGCUGGAUAAAGAUCUGACCUCAGUGCUGAUAGCGGUGAAGAUUCAGGGCUCCAAACGAAUGUUGCGAUCAAACGAGUACAUGCUUCCCCCCAGCGGUGUGAUGGAGACAGAAUUAGAGCUCACUUUCUCUCUACAGUACGCGCACUUCCUGAAGAGAGACGCUAACCGCUUACAGAUUAUGCUCCAGAGGAGAAAACGCUACAAAAACAGAACGAUCCUCGGCUACAAGACGCUCGCUGUCGGAGUCAUCAACAUGGCCGAGGUGUUGCAGCACCCGACAGAUGGCUGUCUAAUUCUGGGUCUCCAUAGCAACGUGAAGGAUGCUCCAGCUCGUGUGGCGGAGAUCAGCGUCUUCUCUCUGUCCAGUCAACCCAUCGACCACGAGUACAGCAGCAGCCGAUCGGGAGCGAAGACCAAAGCCUCCGAUCGUUCUCCAGAUAUGGAUAAUUACUCUGAGGAUGAUGAUGACAGUUAUUCAUCAGAGCAGGAGGCCAGUGAUGACGCUGUACAUGGACAGGAUCUGUACGAUGAAGACGAUGACAUACAAAAACCAAAAAAGCCUAGAAGGAAAAUGAUCCGAACCAUCUCAAUGACUCGACAACCCAACUUUAAACAGAAGUUUGUGGCCUUACUGAAGAGAUUCAAAGUCACUGAUGAGGUUCUGGACUCAGACCCGGUGGAUCAGACUCAGGAGGUGGAGGAGGAUCUGGAUCUGCUGUAUGACAGUCUGGAGGUUUAUAAUCAGAGUGACAGUGGACCAGAACUAGAAGAUAAUGAGAGUGUUCUGAGCACGCCCAAACCCAAACUCAAGCCGUUCUUUGGGGGAACGUCUCACUCCAGUUCUCAAACAGAGAUCGGGAGCGUUCACAGUCACAAUCAACACAGAGACACCUCACACGCAGGUUCUGACUUCCUGUCGGUGGACUGGUGUAAGGCUCCAGGGUCACGACCCCAGGAUGACACCAGUAUGGACACCACAGCUGGGGAAAUGGAUGCAAAGCAUCAUGGGAUAGUAACGGGAGAUGUGUCGGUUGGUUUGGAGAACAGCUCUGCUGGAAAACUCUGCAAGACUGAUUCACAAAACCACACGAGUCCCAGUAAAGCUGAGAACAGGGUCCCACUGCGAGCGCACGGCACAACCAUGAAGGACCGGCAGAAUUCACGAGCUCAGAGCAACCGUACGACCAGCGUGGACAGUGAAUAUUCACCAGACGCCCGAUUCACCGCACAGGUGCCCCGUAAAUCAGUUUAUGAUCAACUGAAUCAGAUAUUGAUCUCUGAUGAGAGACUUCCAGAAAAUAUCAUCCUGAUCAAUACACAUGACUGGCAGGGACAGUAUGUAGCAGAAGUUCUUCAGAAACAGUCUCAGCCCAUCGUGUCCACCUGUUCGGCUGCUGAUGUUCAGGCUGCAUUUAACACCAUCAUCACACGCAUUCAGAGAUUCUGUAACUGUAACGCUCAGACUCCACCCACCGUCAAGGUGGCAGUGGCGGGCGAUCAGAGUUAUCUCAGUACUGUACUGCGCCUCUUCGUGGAUCAACUCGCCAAUAAGACGCCUGAUUGGCUGAGCUACAUUCGCUUCCUUGUCAUCCCCAUUGGCUCUCAUCCGCUUGCGAAGUACGUGUCAUCGUUCGACAGUAAAUUCAACAGUAUGUUCAUGGAGCCAUCGUGGAGAGAGCUGUUCUGCCGGACAGAACCUCCAACCACAGACAGUGUUGAUGUGGCAGGACGGAUCGUUCAGUAUCUGGCAGGUGCAAACGUCUCUCAUCAGUUCCCCAUCUCUGAAGCCAUGCUCACCUACCGACAGAAGAGUCCGGAUGAAGACUCUUGCCAAAAGUUUGUGCCAUUUAUCGGGGUGGUGAAGGUGGGGAUCGUGGAACACAGUCUCUCAACAUCAGUGGAUUCUGAUGAUGCGAUGGGCGGUAAUAUGGGCAUCGUGCCCUCGCUUCCACCGCAGUCUGCCACGCCCUAUGGGAAAGACAUUUAUGGGACUCCUCCCCCUUCCCCGUCUGCAUGUGCUGUGUUCACUGGAGCUGGUUCUCUGUGUACAGGUGGCGAGCUGAUAGGACUGCAGGUGGAUUACUGGACGUGUCCGAGUGAGAAGAGGCGUGAAGGAGAGAAGCGUGACGUGUGUUUGAAGAACACUCUGAAGAGCAACUUUCGCUCUCUGCAGGUCAGCCGUCUGCCCAGCGGCAGGGAACUGAACGCCCCUCACAGUAUGGCCAUGACCGUCGUCACCAAAGAGAAGAACAAGAAAGUGAUUUUUCUCAGUAAGAAACUGAAGGAGAAGGACGUGGAUUCUAAGAGUCAGGUGAUCGAUGGCAUCAGUCGACUCAUCUGUACAGCCAAACAUCAGCACACCAUGCUCAGAGUCUCUAUAGACGGAGUGGAGUGGAAUGACGUGAAGUUUUUUCAGCUGGCCGCUCAGUGGCCGACACACGUCAAACACUUCCCCAUCGGCGUGUUCGGCUACAGUAAACCCAUGUGACCUCACGCCCGCUGGAGGACGAGCGACAGAGAGAGAGAGAGACAGAAGUGUGUGUGGAGAAAAGCCAAUGAUGUGAGAUUCAGUGAGGUUCCCAUGGAAACCUUACCAUCUCAAAUUAUUAUUAUUAUUGUUUUUAUAUGUAACGUCCGUUUCAGUUUUUGUUUUUUUGUUUUGUUUUUUUUACACGAUAUUGUACAGAACAAACAUCAUUUUAUAUGAAUCGGGCUGCCAUCUGUCUGAUGUAUUUUUAGAAGCACUUUCUGUUGUUUUUGCUGCUCGUGUGUGUGUGUGUGUGUGUGUGUGUGUGUGUGUGUGUGUGUGUGUGUGUGUGUGUGUGUGUGUUGAGGUGUCUUCCUUUCAGCGCUGUUUCUUUUACACAAAAUGUACAAUCUGUUUGUCAUUGUGAUGUUUUGUAGUUUUUUACACUUUUUUAUGUUAACAGAACACAAGAUUACUUUGAUCCUUUAUGAGAUGUUUAUUACAGAACUCACUGGCCAUAAUCCGGCUGUAACACACGUGUGCACAUACAUGUGAUUAUUAGUGUGUACCUCAGUGUCUGUCAAUCACUCUUCAAUGAGAACUAUAUGAUAUUAUAUUACACAUUUAACCAGAGUUAUAGACAUAUAGAUCAAUUUCACCGUGAUUAAAACACAAUAAUGUAUAAAUAAUCUAUAAUUCAUUUCUUAAUAGUCUCAUAUCACAUAUCAGCACUUUCUAACAGCACAGUUGUGCAUUCUUGAUAUCAACGACUGAAUUUCAAUUGAUGUCAGAAAUGAACAUUUGCACUCGUGACAGUGUAAUUAUUGAUUUAAACGUUGUUUUGUCAUUUAUAUUAGUGAGAAGUAAUUAACUGACAUGUGAACUAGUAAUAAAUGGAUUAUAGAUGUUCGGAGUGAAGGAUCAUUGUGAAACUGAUCUGUGGAAACACUUUUCAUUGGAUGAAUUUUAAUAUUUGAGUAUUUCUGCGAGUGAUGACAUCAUUUAUAAUAUCAAGAAUGAGCGUUUUAAUUUAAUUAAUCUCCUGCAAAUGAUUAAAAGUCCAUUUGUGUAGAAAAACUGAUGUGUGUGUGUGUGUGUGUGUGUGUGUGUGAGUGUGCAAGUGUGCAUGCCUGUGUGUGUGGAGUGUGCAAGAGUGUGUGUAUGUGUGCGUGAGUGUGUGUGUGAGUGUGCAAGUGUGCGUGCCUGUGUGUGUGAGUGUGUGUGUGUGUGCGUGUGGGAGUGUGUGUGUGUGAGUGAGUGUGUGUGUGUGUGUGUGUGUGAGAGAGAGUGUGUGUGUGUGUGUGCGUGUGGGAGUGUGUGUGAGUGUGUGUGUGUGUGUGUGAGUGUGUGCGUGAGUGUGGGUGUGGGAGUGUGUGUGCGUGUGGGAGUGAGUGUGUGUGUGUGUGUGUGUGUGUGUGUGUGUGUGUGUGUGUGUAUGUGUGUGAGUGUGCAAGUGUGCAUGCCUGUGUGUGUGUGUGAGUGUGCAAGAGUGUGUGUAUGUGUGCAUGAGUGUGUGUGUGAGUGUGCAAGUGUGCGUGCCUGUGUGUGGGAGUGUGUGUGUGUGAGUGAGUGUGUGUGUGUGUGUGUGUGUGUGUGUGUGUGGUGUGGGAGUGUGUGUGUGUGUGUGAGUGUGUGCGUGAGUGUGGGUGUGGGAGUGUGUGUGCGUGUGGGAGUGAGUGUGUGUGUGUGUGUGCGUGUGGGAGUGUGUGUGAGUGUGUGUGUGUGUGUGUGCGUGAGUGUGUGUGUGUGUGCGUGUGGGAGUGUGUGUGUGUGAGUGUGUGUGUGUGAGUGUGUGUGUGUGUGUGUGUGUGUGUGUGUGAGAGUGUGUGUGUGUGUGCGUGAGUGUGUGUGUGAGUGUGUGUGUGUGUGAGAGUGUGUGUGUGUGAGAGUGUGUGUGAG